CUGUGCCCACUGUCUCGCUUCCGUGUCGUCCUCUCCAGCCGUCAGCGCCCCGUUCUACCACGGCACGACCCCGCUGAGCCUGCGGCGGUCCGUGGACGAGGUGGCGACCCUCCUCCCCAUGCACCGGGUCAUCAUCUUCCGUAACGUGGUCUUCGAGUGGGGGGUCGGCGCCAACAACUUUGAAGACAAGGUUGCCUGGGAGGGUGUCCGUGAGCCGUCUGACUGCUCGGUGAGCUGGUCCGGCAGCGCCGCCGGCUCCUCCUCCUGUACCCUGCAGCAGGCCAUGGACUUCAGCCGCGGCUACAAGACUCGCUACGGCACUUAUGAGCUCCUGUCCAACAACUGUCAUCUCUACGUCAACCGUAUGAUGAACUACCUGGUCUCCGGUUGCACUCGCUACCCGGCCUAGGUCGGCAAUCUUCGGGGAAUCACAAUCGGCACCUGUCGGGAUUCGUCGACAAAACUCGUACGUCUACUGUGACCAUGGUGAAAAAUAUGCACAAAGUAGCGUAUAUGCUCAAGCAUGUGUUUGAAAUAAAGAAUUACUGAACUGA